AUGACUGAAAUAGAAGAGUCUGUCGAUACUAACCCUGUACUGGGUAGUAAAGACAGUAGGAGUAUUACCUCACUUCAUCAUACACCUAGGAGUAACACAAGUACUGCAUCCUAUCACACCCCAACAAGAUCCCAGGCAGCCAGUCUUAAUACAACAGUACCGCAAAAUAUUGUACAAGAGGACUUACAUUCGGAUACUCACACUCCGGUUAGGCCUCUCAAGGAGAAACAUAAGAAGUAUCAUCUGCAGUGUUGUACACUACCAGUAUGCUUAGUUAUGUUACAGGUUCUGUUAGGUGCUACUGUCACUGUCUUUGGAUUUGUUAUGCUAAAUAUUUCACCUUCACUUAAAGUCCGAGACACACCAUAUUGGUCUGGAAUUCCAUUAAUUAUAACUGGAAUUAUUGGUUUAUAUUUCUGUGCAACAACGCUAGAAGCAUAUUCAGGCAGUAUAAAAGCUUUUCUUGUAAAGGCCAGUUGUUUUGUUACCUCAGCAAUUUGUAUAUUUAUAGCUUUGACUGCAAGUGCUUUCACUGGAAUUCAUGGUGCAACAAUUAUCAGCUUUCAGGAUAGAUGUCAGCAUCUGAACAACCAAAUAUGCCAGUGUUCAAAGAUCCAAGACAUGACUGGGCUAGCAAGAGUCUAUAUUUAUGAAGACACCAUGGACUGUGAGAACUUCCUUGCCAAUUUGAAAACUUAUUUAUUUUUUCAGUGCGCACUGAAUGCCAUUGGUGGGUUUACCUGCUUCUGUGUUGUUAUAAUGCUUUGGAAGCUUAGGUACAUGGAGUUCUAUUCAGGUCUUAGGUUCUACUCCUAUAGCGCUACCAUACCCAAUCACCCUUAGUCUGACCCCUCAACUCCACCCUACCUCAC